AUGUCGGAACAAAAGACUGCCAUCCUCUCCGUCUACGACAAGACUGGCUUGUUGGAUCUUGCUAAGGGCUUGAUCAACAAUGGUGUUCGUCUUUUGGGCUCUGGCGGUACGGCCAAGAUGAUCCGUGAGGCCGGUAUGACUAUUGAGGAUGUCUCCGCCAUCACCCACGCUCCCGAGAUGCUCGGUGGUCGUGUCAAGACCCUCCACCCUGCUGUCCACGGUGGUAUCCUCGCCCGUGACAUCGCAUCCGACCGCGCCGACUUGGCUGCAAAUCAGAUCGAGAAGGUUGACUAUGUUGUCUGCAACUUGUACCCCUUCGUCGAGACCAUCUCCAAGAUCAAUGUCACUAUUGCCGAGGCUGUUGAGGAGGUCGACAUCGGUGGUGUUACUCUUCUCCGUGCUGCCGCCAAGAACCACGCUCGUGUGACCAUCCUUUCCGACCCUGCGGACUACCCUCGUUUCCUCGAGGAGCUCUCCCAGAACGGUACUAUCCCCGCUGAGUCCCGUAACCGUUACGCCGUCAAGGCCUUCACCCAGACUGCCGACUACGACGAAGCCAUCUCUGACUACUUCCGCAAGCAGUACACCGCUGGUGAGAAGCAGCUUACUCUCCGUUACGGUGCCAACCCCCACCAGAAGCCCGCUCAGGCUUUCGUUAAGGAGGGCGAGCUCCCCUUCAAGGUCCUUGCCGGAUCCCCCGGAUACAUCAACUUGUUGGAUGCCCUCAACUCCUGGCCCUUGGUCAAAGAGUUGAAGCAAGCUUUGGGCCUCCCCGCCGCUGCUUCCUUUAAGCACGUCUCCCCCGCUGGUGCCGCCGUCGGUAUCCCUCUCUCCGACGUUGAGAAGAAGGUUUACUUCGUUGAGGACAUCGAGCUUACUCCCCUUGCUUCCGCCUACGCUCGUGCUCGCGGUGCUGACCGCAUGUCUUCUUUCGGUGACUGGAUUGCUUUGUCCGACGUUGUCGAUGUUCCUACCGCCAAGAUUAUCUCCCGCGAGGUUUCCGACGGUGUUAUCGCUCCUGGAUACGAGCCCGCUGCUUUGGAGAUCUUGAAGAAGAAGAAGGGUGGCAAGUACACCGUCCUCCAGAUGGACCCCGAGUACAACCCUUCUUCCCUCGAGACCCGUCAGGUCUACGGUAUCUCCCUGCAGCAGCGCCGCAAUGACUACCAGGUCGAGUCUUCCACCUUCCAGACCUUGGUUUCCGCCAAGAAGGAGUUGCCUCAGGAGGCUAUUACUGACCUCAUUGUCGCUACCAUUGCGUUGAAGUACACUCAGUCCAACUCCGUCUGCUACACUAAAAAUGGCAUGGUUGUCGGUUUGGGUGCUGGUCAGCAGUCCCGUAUUCACUGCACUCGUCUCGCCGGUGACAAGACCGACAACUGGUGGCUCCGUCACCACCCCAAGGUCCUCAACCUUCAGUUCGCCCCUGGAACCAAGCGUGCGGAGAAGUCUAACGCCAUCGACCUCUACGUUCUCGACAAGGUGCCCGAGUCUGGAUCUGAGCGUGAGGCUUGGGAGUCGGCGUUCGCCACCAAGCCUGAGCCUAUCACUGCUGAGGAGCGUAAGGCUUUCUUGCAGGAGUUGGAUGGUGUCACCUGUGCUUCUGAUGCUUUCUUCCCCUUCCCCGACAACGUGCACAGAUUGUCGCAGUCUGGUGUCAAGUACGUUGCUGCACCAAGUGGAUCUGUGAUGGACAAGGUCGUUUUCGACACUGCUAAUGGAUACGGUAUGACCUACGCGGAUCUUCCGAUUCGCUUGUUCCACCACUAAGGUGGAGAAUACGGCUGGGGUUGCAGAAUGGGCGUUUUU